UGAGAUAAAAAUUCUCUGACUCAUAUCCUGCACAUUUUGCCUGCAAUCUUAUGCAAAUAGAAGAGUUUUCCAAUAUUUACACAAGAAAUACAAAAUGCUGGUGGACUACAGUUCAUCCGAGGAAGAGGCAGAUGAUGACAAAGUGCAGGACAGUGUAAAAUCCUUUUCUAAAAUCUCCUCUGAGAAUAAAUUGCCAUCAGCUAUAGAACUUCUCGGUGAGAUUAGCAGAAAUACCUAUGAGGAUGUUCCAGAAGAGCAUGAGGGAAGGAUUCGGAGCUUUGGUCAUGAGAGAGGCAACUGGGCUACAUUUUGCUACAUUCCCUUUGAUAGAAAUGAAGGGAUCCUUAAGCUCCAGACACAGAUUAAGGACUCAGCAAGGGAGGAACUGAAUUUGCAGCUAACAGAAGCAACAGAUCUUCACAUAAGUCUCACAAAAACUGUAAUCCUUCGACACCACUGGAUUGAUCCUUUUGUAGCAUCUCUUGAGCAAAGACUCCAAAAUACCCGGAAGUUCCCACUUCAUCUCAACUCCCUAAAGAUCUACUGCAAUGAGGAGAGAACAAGGACUUUUGUGGGAUUAACAACUUCUGAAGAAUUCUUUGCGAAUCUCAAGAAUUUAGUUGAGAAAUGUGAUGAAAGUCUCAAAGAAUUCAACUUGGAAUGCUUUUAUCGUGAAUUAUCCUUUCACGUUAGCAUCCUGUGGAUCGUUGGGGAUCAUCAGAAGAAGCUUUCUAAGCUUCAAGAUAAUUUCAAGGGGCAUUUUCUUAAUAUUCUGGGUCAAAAUUUUGAUGAUUUUGAAACUAAUGUUGAGAAAAUUCUCUGCAAAUGUGGAAAUAAAUUGUAUCAAUUUGCUUUAAGAUGAUAAUAAAAGAUUUAUUAUUUUAAAA